AUGGUACAGGUUAUUCUUGACUUUUGGAGGCAAGAUGGCUACCUGCAGGAUGAAGGCCAAGUUAUGCUGCUGAAUGGGGCGCUGGCCCCCUCCUUCUUCUCCAAUCACGGCCGGCCCGGGCCCGGCCCCGCUCCGGUCCACCCGCUGCGGCGCCGGCCCAGCCUUUUAGGAGCCUUCUCUUUGCAGCACGGCUCUCACCCCCGCCUAAUGUCCAAUCGGUGGAGUCCGCGCCCCGCCCCUCUCCCGGUUCGCUCCCCCUCGCACCACUUACUCUCGAGGCCCGCCCCCCGGCCAGCGCGCUACGGCCGCGCGCCGCGUGUGCGUUUGCUCGUGUGCGUGCGUGCAGAUGCUCUGCAGGGGCAUGGUGCGCUUCCUAGCCCUGGCUUUCACCUUGGCGUGCCUGCUGCACGGAGGAGCAUCUGGACGAAUCUACCAUCCACAGGGAAUCCUUCCUUGACCUGGACUCUGCACUGGAUCUCCUUCAUCAUAGUGACAGAUAAUUUUGGAGCUGGAAAGAGUUUGGAAGAUGGGCUGGGUGAACCUAAAAGAACAGAGGUUGCCAAAGAUUUAAGAUUUGACCGGACUGGCUCCUUGUAUGAGAGAAUCCGACGAUUUAAACGGGGAAGUGGCAAGUCCAAUCAAAAUCCUGCCCAAGAUUUUGACUUGAGAGAUGCCUUGGAUCUUCGGACAACCACUAAACCCCCUCUCAAGAAAAAAGAUUUUGACUUGAGAGAUGCCUUGGAUCUUCGGACAACCACUAAACCCCCUCUCAAGAAAAAAGAGUCUGAAAGUCUUGGUUUUGACUUGAGUGAUGCCUUGGAUGAUAACAAUGAUGGAUUCAAUGGUGGUGGAGGCAGGCCCAAUAUAAAACCUGGUGAAAGAAUAACCGAUAAAGAUCUAGAAGAUAUUCUAGGCGGUGGUGGCUACAAACCGGAUAAGGGCAGAGGUGAUGGCAGGUAUGAUAGCAGCAAUGAUGACUCCGGGACUGGAACAGUAGCAGAAACUGGGACGAUUGCCGGCAUAGCCAGUGCCCUUGCAAUGGCACUCAUUGGAGCAGUCUCCAGUUACAUUUCCUAUCAACAAAAGAAAUUUUGCUUUAGCAUUCAACCAGAGGGUGAAGAGGGUGCCAAUAGAGACUACGUCAAAGGACAAAGCCUGGAAGGUGUGAGCACUGACGAGAAAACAUCAAGAUUUUCAGCCUUGCCAACCCAGUCUGCAGAGAAACCCUUGGAAGAGACUCUAAAGAUUUAAGUUCAAAAAAAUCUCCACAUACACAAUUCCCAUGCUUGUACAAUUUCAUUUAUUUAAUUGAAUGCUGUUUUCAAGCUCUAUGGAAUAAGUGGCUUCUUAUUGACAUAGGCCUUUUUUGGGGUGGUGAGGAUGUGAAUAUUUAUGUUGGGCUGAAAAAAUUUAGUGAUUUGUGCAGUUCCUAUUAGAGAAAUGCAAAUUAAAACAAUACUGUGCUACCACCUCACACCUAUCCAUUUGGCUAUACCAUCUAGCUAUAUAUCUCACAGAGGUUUUAAAAAGGGAAAAGGACCCACAUGUAGAAAAAUAUUUAUUGCAGCCAAAAAAAGUGGUAAUGGCCAAACAAGUUGUAGUAUAUGAACGGAAUACUAUUGUGCUGUAAGAAAGCAUGAGCAGGUAGAUUUUAGUAAAACCUGGAAAGACUUACAUGAAUUGAUGCAGAGUGAAAUGAGUAGAACCAGCAGACCACUAUAUACAACAACACGGAGUGAUCAUCAACUAUUACAGACUUAGCUCUUCUCAGCAAUACAAUGACCCAAGAUCUAAGAGAUUCAUGAUAGAAAACGCUUUCCACAUUCACAAAAGGACUAUGGAGUGUGAAUGCAGAUUGAAUAGUAUUUUCCCUUUUGUUGUUGUUUCUGCUUUCUUGUGUUCUGAUCCUUCUCUCACAACAUGACUAAUGUGGAAAUAUGUACAUGAUUAUAAUAUAUAAUCAAUAUCAGAUUGCUUGCUGGCUUUGGGAGGGAGCGAACAAAUUGAAACUCAGCAUGUUAGAAAUGGAUGUUGAAAACUAUCCUUACAUGUAAUUGGAAAAAAAAAUAAAAAAAUAUGAUUGGGGUUAUAAAGUGCAGAUAUUCUGUGAGAUAACUGGCCCAGCCCCUGAUGGAAUAGAGAAGUGUUUAGGAUGAAGCUGAUGAAAACCCAGGCUUAUGCUUCUCUGGUACAGUUGUGAGAUUGAAAUAAAAUAAGCUUAGGAACUUAGGGGUGAUACAGACCUAGAACAAAGGAAAAAACCAAAUUAAGCAUGAGAAAUGGAUACAAAUGAGGCCAAGGUCACUGAGUAGACUUAGAGAAAUCCACAUUGCAGUACCAUCUUAUCCAUUCCAGGGUACUCACCUGGACUUUUUUUUCCCCUGAAACUUGGAGGCUGUGGUCUUCAGUAUAUGAAACCUGACCCCUCUUCAGCUUUCUCAAAGUGGGACAUGCAGGUGUUUGUUAGUUUUCCACCCUAGCAAAAUCAUUUCUAGACAACGGUGUCUGUAGUAUUGUCAUUUAUUUACUUGUAUUAUUUUGCGGCAAGCACUUUUGACCUGUCAGGAUAUGGGAAUGUGUUUAUAUCUGUAAAAGAGCAUGACUGAACAUACCUGUGGCUACUUUACACACUCAUCUUUCCAGACAUUGUGGCGGGGGGGGGGGGGGACACGACGACACCAAAUUUUUUUGACAGCAAGAUGGAUUGCUGAAAAUGGAAAACUGAAUCCACUGCAGUUUAAAAAAAAAAAAAGUCAAUCCCAGGACCUGAACACAUGUCCAAGGAGCAGGAUGCAAAAAUAUUUUCUGUGUGUUUGUCAAGUUGAAAGAAAUUUGGUGCAAGGGACCUUGUUGCAGUUUCCUUCCCUACAAAAUGAGAGAUUUGAACCAAUCAGUAAGGGUUCUUUUCCACUCAAAAUCUGAGACCUAUUUGGAAUAGGAACAAAGUAGCUUAAAGGUGAACCAUCAAGAGCAAUUUUAGAAGAUAAACAUUUCACAGGGCAAAUAAAUUUCUAUUUGCAUAGAACCUCUUAACAUUGUAGCUGUGCUUACCUGGAUUGGCAGAUUCAUACAAGUCUUAACCAUUCUGCUUUCUAAAUGUUUUUAAAUUAGUGGAACCAUAAUACUCUCAUAUAAGAAAUGUCUUGUAAAACUUUUUGGAAGUAAUUCCUUAGGUUUAAAGCUGUGAUAACACUGUUAAUAAACACCUUAUAAAGAAAUAAUUUCC